AUGAAUUUUGAAAAUAGAAACAACAACAACAACAGCAGAAACGAUUACGAUGAUGAUGAUGAUGAUGAUACUACAAAAAGUGGAAAAUCAUUAAACAUAGCAGUUAUCGGUGGGGGACCGGUGGGAUCGUUAUGUGCUUGUUAUUUAGCUAAUCACGGUCAUAAAGUUUUCUUAUACGAAGGACGAGAAGAUAUCAGAACGACGGAAUUAUCAAAAGGACGUUCGGUUAAUUUAGCAAUAUCGGCAAGAGGUAGAGCGGCAUUGAAAAAAAUCGGUUUGGAACGUGAAAUCAUUUACGAACACGGUUUACCAAUGAUCGGUAGAAUGAUACAUGAUAAAAACGGUACGAAAAAUAUUAUACCAUAUGACGAAGUCGGAAAACAGUGCAUAUAUUCAUCGAGUAGAAAAUACGUUAACGAACUUUUACUCACGGCUGCCGAAAGAGAAUUUAACGUUAUGACGUCAUUUAAAACGAAAUUAAUAUCGUUGGAUUCGAAAAAAGGAAUAAUGAAAUUUACAAGAACGGACACGAAUGAAUUUUUCGAAACAACAGCGGAUGUUAUAAUCGGUGCCGAUGGUGCUUAUUCGACGGUUAGAAAAGAAUUUUUAAAACAUCCAAUGUUUAAUUAUAGUCAAGAAUACAUAGAACACGGUUACGUCGAACUUUCCAUACCGCCCGAUAUACACGGUCAAUUUUUAAUGGAGCCUAAUUACUUACACAUUUGGCCAAGAGAUACGUUCAUGAUGAUAGCACUACCAAAUCGUGAUAAAUCUUGGACCGUAACACUUUUCAUGCCAUUGAAAAAUUUCCAAGAAUUGAAAAAACCGGAAACGUUGUUAAAAUUUUUCCAAAUUAAUUUUCCGGAUGCUUUGAAUUACAUGACGGAAGAUGGUUUGAUUCGGGAUUAUUUUUCAACCGUUCCAUCACAUCUCGUUUCGAUAAAGUGUAAUCCGUAUCAUUUAAAAAAUAAAUUAUUAUUAAUAGGAGAUGCUGCUCAUGCAAUGGUACCAUUUUUCGGUCAGGGAAUGAAUGCCGGAUUCGAAGAUUGCGUACUUUUAGAAAAUCUCGUAACCAAAUAUAAAAGUGAUUUUAAUUUUAUCAUGCCUGAAUUUUCUAAAACAAGAUGUCGUGAUGCUGAAGCCAUUUGCGAUCUUGCCAUGUAUAAUUACAUCGAGAUGAGAUUUUUAGUUAAUAAAAAAACAUUUAGACUUCGUAAAAAAUUAGAUAACGUUCUAUAUAAGAUUUUUCAAAAUAAAUGGCUACCUUUAUAUAAUUCCGUCACUUUCACAGAUAUGAAUUAUUCCAAAUGUAUUGAAAAUCGUAAAUUCCAGGAUAAGAAUUCUAAGGAUUUUAGUUAG